AUGGCGACUGUUGUGUCUGCGCCAGGAAAGGUGCUCAUUGCUGGAGGAUAUCUUGUGCUCGACCACCGCUAUCCUGGCUUGGUUGUUUCAACUUCAUCGAGGUUUUACACCGUGGUCCAGCCAGCAAGUCGAUCAGGAAAGAUUAUUGUCAACUCUCCCCAGUUUGAAAACGCAAUAUGGGCAUACGACGUCAAGUUAGAAGGAGAUGGUAUUCGAAUAGAGCAAGUUGAGGACGCUACAGGAUCCAAGAACCGGUUCGUUCAAACCGCCCUAGAAGGAACUCUGGCCAUCGCACUGGCCAUCGAGGAAAAGAUUCAUUCUCUUCGCUGGACCAAGGACUGGACAUACACGUCCUUGCGGCCAAUGAUUUUUACUCUCAACGCGCAAGCCCUUCCCCCAACACUCGACUCACUGAACUCAAUACCUCCCUUCCUUCCACAAGGUUGUCCUAUUGGUCAAGUCCACAAGACAGGGCUUGGAUCUUCCGCAUCGUUGAUUACGUCUCUGGUAUCUGCCUUGCUUCUCCACUUCGAUGCCAUCUCGCCCGAUUCGCUCUCUUCCGACGCACUUCGAAUGAAGGACGAGAACUCGCGCACAAUGUGGCCAACAUCAUGCAAGGAAAGCCAAAUGGAUCGACCUUGCUUUCCACCUCUCCCCCUCGAACAAAGCAUGGAACCACACCGUCUCUCCCUUCAAACUCCCCCUCUCACCCGUAUCAUGCUCGCCGAUGUAGACUCGGGGAGCGAUACCCCGUCCAUGGUUGGCAACGUUUUGAAAUGGAAAAAGGCAGAACCAGCAGUUGGCACGUUCUCCGACCAGUUAUGGGAGGGAUUGGACAAAUGCAACCGUGGGCUAGGCGACAUUGUCAACAGGCUAUCACAGAGAUACGACGAAGAUCCCAACCGAAUACGCGAACACAGUAGACAAACUGACCCCUCAAAAUCGAUCAAGUGGGAACGACAGAGCCCUAUAGAAGCAUUGGAAGUUACUGUUGCUCAAUUGUUCGGGAAUACGAGGCAAUUAGCAAAGAGUAUUCGGGAUGGUAUGCGCGCAAUGGGCAAGUCGUCAGGCGUUCCUAUUGAGCCACCAGAGCAAACGCGCCUACUUGACGCAUGUUGUGCCCUUCCUGGAGUCAUAGGCGGAGGUGUACCAGGUGCCGGCGGAUAUGAUGCGAUUUGGCUACUUGUCCUUCAGCCGCAAGACAAGGAGCUGGCAUCUUCUGUUGUGGCUAGCGUUGAAAAGCUUUGGCAAAGAUGGACUGAACUAUCGGUUUCGCCGCUUUUAGCCACAGAGAGUCUUGAGCGCGGCGCUCGCAAAGAGUUGCUUCAAGACGUGCUGGGAUUGGAAGCCGCGCUGAAGGGCUCUGCUUAA